AUGCCAUGGUGUAUAUUCGAGGACAUCCUAUGGAUUACGACCGAUGGGAACGCGAAGGCGCCAUUGGUUGGAAUUAUGCAAACUGUUUGCCGUAUUUCCGUCGUUCCCAGACUCAUGAGCUCGGCCCAGAUGAGUAUCGAGGCGGAGACGGUCCACUGCAUGUGUCCCGAGGUAAAACCAAUCACCCGCUUCACCAAGCUUGGCUCGAAGCUGCGCAACAAGCUGGGCAUGCCUUCACCGAGGACGUUAAUGGAUUUAGACAGGUUGGAGGUUUGUUUAUGCGCGACAAAUGUAUAA